AUGAGUGAAAAAGCAGAUGCCAGCGUUGAGGAGGUCUUAACCAAUGGUGAAGUUGAGCGGAAGCUCAAGCAACGUCACAUUUCUAUGAUCGCUAUUGGAGGAACUAUCGGUACUGGAUUGUUCUUGGGUACUAGUCAAGCGCUCACCACUGCCGGUCCAGUAGGUUUGCUGUUGGGUUAUACGAUCAUGGGGGCAGUUGUGUAUGGCGUUCAAAUGGCACUAGGAGAGAUGGUCUCGUAUUUACCAAUCUCGGGAGCUAUCACACAUUUUGCUGGUCGAUUCUUGGAUCCUGCGGCUUCUUGUAGUGUUGGAUUUAACUUAUGGUAUUCAGCCGGAAUAAGCCUUGCAACUGAAAUUACUGCUGCGGCACUUAUUGUCGAAUAUUGGGAUACGGCAACAAACGUUGGAAUAUAUAUUGCAGUUUUCACAGUCACUAUAUGCGCCUUGAACUUUUUGGGUGUGGAGUGGUUUGGGGAAGCCGAAUUCUGUUUUGCCUUAUUGAAAGUAACUAUGAUCGUGAUCUUAAUCAUCGCCGGAAUAGUACUUGAUCUUGGUGGUGGUCCAAGCCAUGAUUUUAUAGGUUUCAGAUACUGGAAAGAUCCAGGUCCAUUUACUCAACUUUUUGAUAUCCCAGGUGCACUUGGUAGAUUCCUUGCGUUUUGGCAGGUGUUCAUAUUCGCAGCUUUUGCAUAUGUCGGUACUGAAACUGUAGCAGUAGCAGCUGGUGAAGCAGAAAACCCCCGUAAAACAGUACCAAAAGCUAUCAAACGAGUGUUUUUCAGGAUCUUGAUUUUCUACCUAGGAGGUGUCUUUGUUAUCGGUCUCUUAGUUCCAUCUGAUGAUCCAAGACUCUUCAAGUUGAAAGGUAGUAGACCUGGCAGUUCGUCUCCUUUUGUUAUUGCUAUGGAAAGAGCUGGGAUCAAAGUACUACCUGAUAUUAUCAAUGCCGUGAUUUUAACAUCUGCUUUCUCAGCUGGAAAUAGUUCAUUAUAUGUAGGAAGUCGUAUUCUUUAUGGAUUAGCUCUAGAAGGCCAAGCUCCAAGCUUCUUCAAACGUUGUACACCCAAAGGACUUCCAAUGUGGUCACUAGUCAUCACUGCUUCUUUUUCAUUACUAGCUUUCUUGAGGUUAAGUUCAAGCGGUACGACUCUUUUUCGUUGGCUUUCUAAUUUCUCUUCUGUUACUGGUCUUUGUACUUGGCUCUCUAUUUUACUCUCUUAUAUCCGAUUUUAUCAUGGUAUGAAGUCUCAAGGUCUUGAUAGAUCUAAGUUACCUUACAAGUCUCCUUUUCAACCAUACCUUUCAUAUUUUGCUUGUAUAAUGAUCAUUUUGAUUAUCAUUUUCAAUGGGUUCACUUUUUUCAUCAAAGAUCAUUGGUCUUCAUCAGGAUUCAUCGCAGCUUAUGGUGCACUUGUACUUUAUUUGAUUAGUUUUGUUUAUUGGAAACUUACACGUAAAACCAAAUGGAUUGAAUAUUCAAAUAUGGAUUUCAAAACUGGAAUUAAACAAAUCGAAGAGAUGAAUGAAUUUUAUAUAAAAACUUCAUUUGUUCCUAAAACUAAACUUGAGAAAUUUUGGGAUUGGUUGUUUUGAUGUAUGAAUCAAAAAUAUGAAGCUAAGCAACCACCAGCUUGAAUAUUACAUGGACUUCUUUCAUCUCCUUUUCCAAGAAAGCUACAUCACCUCACUGUUCUGGUCUCUGACACAAACACCUGUACCAUAGUCAAACCCCUAGAAAUGGAAAGUUGUCUUCACUUACCAAUGUUUUUUUUUUCUGCUGAACCAAAGAUUCCAAAUACUAUCAUCUUUGCAUUUUUACAAUUCUUCAUGAAAUGGGAUGUGGCUUGAAGUAAAUCUUUGUACAUACCAAGUUUCAGAUAUCUCCGAAAUUUAAACAUGAGAAUAGAAUUUGUUUUUUC